AGCGUCCGGAAACUCAAACGUGGCGGUGCGCUAUUCGAGGUGGACGGUCCUGACACCAAACUCUGGCUUAACACCCCCAGCAACGGCAAAGCUUUUGCUCAAGAAUUCGGAGGAGACACGACUAUCAAAGACCGCACUUUUCAAGUAAUCGCUGAAUACGUACCAAUCUCCUUCAAUCUCGAAUCAAGCUCAGACCUCAGGGAAAUAGAGGAACGGAGUAACCUCAGCCCAGGCACCAUAGUGAAGGCCAAAUGGCUCAAACCUGUCGCCAGACGCAACCCAGGACGGAGAACUGCUUUCUGUGUCAUCGCAUGCGCAUCUAGGAAAAGUGCCAAUGAAGUGAUCAGACUUGGCAUAACCAUCGAAGGCAGGAAAUCUGCGGCUCGCAAACUCCUCCCGGAGCCCACCAGAUGCCUCAAAUGCCAGCAGCUUUCCAGCUCGCACAUCGCUUUCAACUGCCCGAACAAGGAAGACACCUGUGGCACAUGUGCCGACACACCGUCCACUCCCAAUGCUGCCACCACCAACCCCAAUCAUUCCCCCUCCCCCUCCACUCAAAGCAACGCAACGAGCAUCGCUGGUAGCCUCUCACCAACACGCCCCCAAUGA